AUGGCUACCCCCAGUGUUCUUACCGUUGACACUAAGGGUCGUGCUGUUGACUUUGAGGUCUGGGUCGAUGACCUCCAGCUGUUCCUCUUGUGCGAUAGGGCAGACGGCCUCUCUCUGUUUGACCUCACCUCUGGUGCAUCCCCUGCCCCGCCUGCUACUCUUGACAGCACUGUUUGCUCACAGUGGGCGACACGCGAUGCUGCUGCCCACCUUGCUGUGCAUCGCCACUUACCGACCACUGAGCGGGUGUUCCCCCUUCCCCCCUCUUGCCCUCUGUUGCUUCUGCUGCUGCGGCCGACCUCGUUGGUUUCUACGGGGUCGGCGCUCCGUCUGCCCCUAGCGGGAGAUGCCGCACUGGCAAGGGCAAGGGGGGCAAGGGAAGUGGAGGGGCUAGCAGGGGCGGUGGAGGUGGUGGUGGGGGCAGUGGAGGGAGUGGGGGUGGUGGUGGGAGUGGUGGCGGGGGUGGUGGAGGUGGCGGAGGUGGCGGAGGUGGCGGAGGGAGCGGAGGCGGCGGAGGAGGCGGAGGAGUUGGCGGUGGUGGCGGAGGGAGCGGAAGCGGCGGAGGUGGCGGAGGAGGUGGAGGUGGCAGAUGCAGCGGAGGUGGCGGGGGUCACGACUCUGCGCAGAGGAGUGGGUCCGGUGCGUGGUGGGGGUACUGGUCCCUGCACUUACGUCCUCCAUACCGGCGACCGCGCAGACCCGGGAAUUGAGGCCACUGCUCUAGGUGCUGGUGAGGCUGCUGCUCUAGGUUCUAGUGCUUCUGCUGCCCCAGGUGCCAGUGCGUCUGAUGCCCCAGGUGCUAGUGCGUCUGCUGCCCCAGGUGCUGGUGAGUCUGCUCUCUCAGGUGCUACGUCGGCUCAAGCCUUACACACCUUCACCCUUGACUCGGGUCUCUACCUCCCCUCGUUCUCUACGAACUUGGUAGCUGCGUCACGUCAAGUGUUCACUGCAUCGUCCAUGUUUGGUCCUGAGUCUGCUCCCUGCUCGUGUCGUCUGCUGUCCCACGAGACUCUCCUUUUGCACCACCGCCUUGGUCACCCCUCCCUGCCUCGCCUCCGUGGCAUGGCCUCCCGUGUCCUUGUCUCUGGUCUUCCCCGGUCUCUACCUCCCCUACCUGCGGGGCCUGGCCCUACCUGCGUCCCCUGCGUCGAGGGGCGACACCGCGCCGCCCCUCACUCCUCCGAGAUUCCUCCGACAGAGGCUCUGCUGCAGACCCUCCACAUGGACGUGUGGGGCCCCGCCCGCGUCAGUGGACAAGGCCACGAGCGUUACUUCCUGUUGGUGGUUGACGACUACUCGCGUUACACCACAGUCUUCCCCUUGCGCAGCAAGGGUGACGUCACUGAGCCCCGGGUCUCCUUGCCAGAGACCUCCCCCACCUUGCGGUGGACGGGGAAGGUUGGCGAUGCGUCUAUGUUUCGGGUGUGGGGAUCUCGGGCGUUUGUCCGCGACUUGUCUGCGGACAAGCUGUCCCCCCGUGCUGUUCCUUGCGUCUUCCUUGGCUUCCCCCCUAUCGCGCCUGGUUGA